AUCGUCGAAAAUCGUGUGCUCCCUUCCAGCUUGCCUUUCUGAAUGACAAUCAAUUGGCCGACAUAAAUUUUCAGCAAAUUACAUACGCCUGAGAUUAAGCAGUGAGUUGCGACGAAGGGGAAGAACAGUGGCGUUUUUUUAUUUUUUUAAUUAAUUUUUCACUAAAAUGUGAACUAAUUACCUUCACCAAAAAGUGGCGAAGACAAAAAAUUCCGUUUCCGGAAAAAGCUUGUGGAGUACGCAGAAAAAGCAAGUUUUGUGUGUGCUUCAGAGUUCAGGGUUUUGUCUCUUUCUAACCUUUCCCUUUUGCCUUUUCAAACUCUCUAGGUUUCAUUUUUCUUUAGUAAUGGUAUGGCCCUGUGUGCCUCAAAAUCAAAGAAGUUAAACGGUCACGGAUAUAAGAAGUGGCUAAAAUCACAGGGGAUAAAAGCUAAGAACAAUACGGAGAACAGUGAGAAACAGGGAAGCCCAUGUAACAUGGAUAAAUCAGAGGUGAAAAAGGAGCCUGAAAGUGAAAAUUGCAAUGCCCAUAUGUCCAAGACUACCAAACCUAAUUUUGUUGAGUAUUGGGUUCCUGUCAGCCUCUCGGAGAUGCAAACAGAGCUGUAUUGUGGCACUCUUUUUUCGAAUGAAGUUAUAUUAACCUCUCAUUCAAAAAAUGAAUCUAGGGGAGCAGCCCUCAAUGACAUGCUUAUCUGGACCAGAAAGUGUUGUGAUCAUCCUUAUCUUGUUGACGGGUCAUUGAGCACCUCCUUGAUAGGAGAUGUAGCAAAGCCUGAACUAUUGGAUGCAGAGAUAAAACUGAGUAACAAAUUGAUGCUUCUUCAUAAGAUUCUUUUGGAGAUUAGAAAACGAUGGCUACGAGUACUUAUCCUUUAUCAGUUCGGCCCUGAUCUCUAUGAACACAUUGGUGGUCGUAGAAGGGUACCUACUUCUAAAAGACAAGCUUCCCUGAAUACCUUUAACAAUAAAGACAAUGGGAAAUUUGUUUGCUUGAUGGAAACUGAUUCUUGUACCCCAAGCAUCAAGAUUGCAUCAGUAGAUACUGUUAUUUUCUUCAACAGUGAUUGGAACCCGGCGAAUGACUUGAAGGCACUGCAAAAGAUCGAUCUCGAUUCACAGUUGGAGCACGUGAAGGUUUUUCGCCUGUAUUCAUCUCACACAAUGGAAGAAAAAUUACUAAUUUUAGCCAAACAAGGGAUGGCUCCAGAAGGCAUUGUUAUGGAUAUCAGUCAACGAAUGUGUCAUCAGCUGCUUACUUGGGGUGCCUCACACUUGUUCGAAAAGCUCGAUGAGUUCCAUAACUUCUCUUCUUCUGAUGAUGAUGAAAAUUCAGCGGUUUUUUCUAGUGAGGACCCGUUUGGAGAUGUAUUGCUUGAGCUAUCGAGCUUAUGGCCACACGACGAGAAAAGCAACAUCUGUGGGAAAAGAAACUCGUUAAUUGUGGAGGUAAGACAGAUGGACGGUAUAUAUCCCGGGAAUAUGUCUUUAGUUGGCGAAUUGGAAAAUCCUCAGGAGAUGAUACCGAAAAAGUUCCAUCUUUUCUGGAAGACACUACUUAAAGGGAGAAACCCAAAGUGGAAAUAUUUUUCUAGCCAAUCACGUCGAACUUCAAAAGCAGUGAAAAUGUUUUAUGAUGUACUCGAAGAAUCUGCUCGGACAGAACCAUCUUCCAGAAAACGGAGGAAAGAGGAAGCAUCUGCUCAGACGAAACCAGCUCCCACAAAACGCAGGAGAAAGGCUAGAAAUGCUUUGUACCAAUUCCCAACAAUAAUCAAGAGGAAGAUUAGGACUAAGCUUCGAAAUCGAGAAACUGACAAAAGGAGAAAAGUAAGCUCAUGGGUCAACCUACAAAUUCCACCGUUGGGCAGAGCACCACCAAGUGAACACCAUUCUCUGCCACGUGCUGAUGAACGAAGAACAACACAAAAGGAUGGCAACCCUCAUGGUACUGCUAUAGUACCACAAUCGGUUUGUAAAGCACUCCAGAUGGAGCUUGAAGUACUGCAAAAGGAGAAAAUUGAUCUUUUGAAGCUACACGAAGAGAAAAAACUGCAAUCGAAGAUGGCGUGCGAGAAGGAGAUUGAAGAGAUACGUAAAAAAUAUGACGCGCUUCUUCAGAAUGCCGAGGCGGCUUUACUGGAAGAGAAAGGAGUUCUUGAAGCCAAGUACAAAAAAGUAGAAACCCAUAAAUCUUUAGCUGAGGCAGUCAUGCAGACUGAUAUUUUGUUUAGUCGGGCUAUUGCGGAAGUUACUUCAAACUGUUCGGACGACGAGAUGUAUAAGCUAUUUCAUCAAUGGACCAGAUCAAAGCCACCCAGAUGCUCUGAAGCUGAAGGCCCGAUUCAAGAAUCACUUCCCUCAAAACCAGAAGCUUUCCAAUCUCCUCCGAACCUAAUUAUCUCGUCAGAAGUAGCUAGCAGCCUGCCGAUUAAACAAUCUCUCGGUACAACUAAUUUUCAGGCAUCAUUACUUGCUGCUGGGCCCAAUCAGCCUUUACCAGACCCGGGUUUGAUGAGUCCGUGCUCGACUUUAACCCCAAUGGUGCAUAUUCCUCGGACUUUGGUGGGUGGUCAGGUUAGUCCGGCUCCACAUUUUAGGCAUAUGUGGCCUCCUCAGCCUAUUGUGCCACCUGGACUGCUGCCUUUUUCUAGUGCCGGAAUUGUUUCGCCUGUGAGCUUACCGCCAUUAACGUCUCAUGUCCUGGGUUUACAGUCGACAAUUUCGAGCUUUUGGGCAUCUUCCCCUUUUGACAGGUUGCCCUUGUGAGAAAUGUGAUGAUCAAGGGAAGCAAGUUAUAUUUAGUGCUUUUUGUAGCUAGAAACAGGGAAAAAACAGAUGAAAAGAGCUAUCUGUGUUUUUGUGUCAACUGGACAUCUAGUAGAAAGCUUUGGAGUUAGAUGGUAAUUGAAUGUAGUUAGUGAACAUUGAUGAUAUUAACAGGAUUUGGGUGAUUU